CUUGCCUUUGUAGCCAAAUUCCUGUUAUAAAAACCAAGAAAAUGGGGGAGCAUUUGAGAUCAUGCUUCUCGACAUGUUGCCCGUUUUAUUCAGAUACAUUUUUAUAAAAGUUCUCCACAGGUUUGCACAUUUCGUAGGUCUACAGUCCAUUCCCCUCCUCAGUGGGAAUGAGAAAAGUAAAUGAAAGCAGAGGAGGAACUUUUACAUCUCUAACCACUUUGAAAAAUAUUAAUGGUGUUGCUAUGUAAAGUUGAGAAAUCAUCAGAAGAAAUUGUGGAAAUAAUGCAAAGUAUUAUACAGGCUUUGGAGGGCAGUAGAAAGCUUGAAAAUCUCAUUGGUAUCUCCUGUGGAUCAUGUUUCUUGAAAAGAGAAAUUCAGAAAACGGAAGAACUAAUGACAAAAGUCACAAAACAAAAACUGUUUGAAAAGAAGAGUUCAGAACUUUCUAACAAAGAAGUUAGAACUUCCUCACCAUUGAUUUAAAUCAACAUCCUGUGUGAAACACAAGUAUGCUAUUACAAAAAAUAAAACAGGAAGGCUACACCAGCCAGCCAAGAUGCUGACAUUUGGGCACCCUGAUUACAGGUGGU